AAUAAUGAAUUAGACACGUGGGCGGAAGUCAGCGACGUCAUCAAAACAGUGAGACAGGAGGAGGAUCAGCAGCCCGCCAGUGGAUGUGACACGCUUACAAAUACAUAGAAAACAACACCAGCAAGCAGCAGGAAAUCAUGUUCCGGCUCCAGCAGCAAGUUUAGUGUGUUCAGCUCAACUGGACAGCGGACUUUUGUGACAUUUUUCACCCUUCUCGAGUCCUCGGAGGCAGCCACAGCGCCAUGGUGAAGCAGUCGGACCGAGCCCCACUGCUGGACUGGGAGGAAAUUCCACCGCCCGAUCCGAACCAGGCGGCCCCGCCGCCGUCUUCGCAGGAAGACACACCGCAGGAGAAAAGUUCGCAGCCAGGCGGGCGGCGCGCACCGGCAGGCACCACGGCUGGUACUGGGAGGAGCAGUAGCACCACCGCCAUCACCUGCAGCCCGACGAGGAGUGUAACAGCUGUUGUUGUCAGCAAGGACGGAGUCCCGGGCCGCCCGCAGACUGUGCUCUCUGGACACGGGUAUCCCACCCGCUCGCAGCCUCUCGGUACAGAUCGCAAUGUUCCCUUCCCGGGCCUCUCGGUGAGGGAUCAGUGGGAGGAAAAGGAUCAGAUCGUGGCUGUGUUUGUGGUUACCUUUGAUACCAGAUCGGGGAAUAUGGUAGAGUGGUGCCUGCCUCACGACAUCAACCUAGACGGAGUUGAGUUCAAGUCGAUGGCCAGUGGUUCUCAUCGGAUCACAAACGACUUCAUAUAUUUCCGUAAAGGCUGCUACUUUGGGCUGGCCUGUUUUGCUAACAUGCCUGUGGAGAGUGAGCUGGAGCGAGGAGCGAGGAUGAAGUCUGUGGGAAUUCUGUCUCCCUCCUACACUCUGCUUUACCGCUACAUGCACUUCCUGGAGAACCAAGUCAGACACCAGUUGCAGUGUCCAGGCCAGUAUUCUCCACUGGAGGCCUUCUAUGAGGAUAAGAAGGCUGUCCUUCCCCCUGCAGGAAACGGUCUGGUCACCGCUUGCCCAACCUGGAGUGUCACCACCAUCAACCGCUGCAUGCACCCAGAAAUGAAGAUCACCCACCCUGCUGGCUGCAUGUCUCAGUUCAUCCAGUUUUUCGGGGAGCAGAUAAUGGUGCUGUGGAAGUUCGCACUGCUGAGGAAACGUCUCCUUAUCUUCUCCCCUCCACCUGUCGGUGUGGUCUGCUACAGGGUGUAUUGCUGCUGCUGCCUGGCCAAUGUCUCUUUACCUGGAAUUGGUGGCUCUGUGCCGGAGUUGCGGCCUUUCUUCUACAUCAACGUAGCUGACAUCACCGCCCUGGAAACUGAGAUGUCAUACGUGGCCUGCACCACAGAGAAAAUUUUCGAGGAGAAGAAGGAGCUGUACGACGUCUACAUUGAUAACCAGAAUGUGAAAACACACAGAAGCCAUCUGCAGCCAUUGCUGCGGCUGAAUGCAUCAGAUAAGGAGAAGUACAGGAAGCUGAGCGAACAGAGGCAAAUGUUGCUGUACUCUCAGGAGGUGGAUGGAGACUGCACAUCAAAUGAAGAGGACCUUUUCAUUCUGUUCUUCAUGGAGCUGAAUAACCGCAUCUUCCAGACACUGUCCGAGGUAGCGGGGAGCACUGAUCCCACCCUCACCGCUGAGCAUGUGAGGGCCAUGGGGCUGGAUCCCCAAGGCGAUCGCUCCUUCCUGGAUGCCCUGCUGGAGGUGUAUGGUAUUGACGUCACGCUGGUCAUAGACAACCUCUGCUGCCCUUGAGGCCCCCUCUGGGCCUGGGAUACACGAGAUGCCACUGGAUAUUUGUGCCUUCAAGGCCCACACACACACACACACACACACACACACACUAAGACACUAAGACACUGAAGACACUGCCUCCGCCCUGAGACUUCCAUUUGUUGCCUGCUGUCGCCUUGUGGGUGAUUGUUUUCCCUCUGUGUGUGUGCGUGUCUCAUCUGACCUGUGGAGACUGUUUCCAACCAGCGUGGACCAUUUGGACACUUGUGCACCAUACCACAGUGGCUGAUAAACCCACCUGAUUAGCAGACAGUGACCCUUGGCAGCAGCGUACUCUUGUAACCUUUCACUUCUUAUGUCAUGUUAGAGUUUUUGUCAGAAAUACUUGUUUGUGUUUCUUGUGUGACUUUGAUUCUGGCUUACGUGGCCGUGACUGAAGCACUGGAUAAAAGUAUAGAGGAUCUGGUCAUAACAACAGGAUGACUGGUCGCUCCCUUCCGCACCCUUCACAAUGAAGAAGUCAGUGAAAUGCUGACACUCCUGCCGCUUUGGUGGCCAUUUACCUGUUCAUCUGAAGAAAAGAUUCACGUGACGUAGGCCAGUUUUUACUGCUGGAGGUGACUUUACGUGCUUCAAAUACAUUUUAUAGGAGGUGUCAUGUGCAUCAGACUCAAGCAGGACUGUACUUCUCGUUCUGAUGAAGCCACUUUGGGAAUUAGUACAUCGAAUGCUAUUUGACCACUUUAAUCGCCUUUUGAAAAGGAAGCAAUAGAAGAAAUAAUCAGCUGUCUUCACAUUUCUGCUUUUUGUUCCUCUCACAAUUGAAUGUGAACGGUUUCUUCAUAAUGGGGAGGGAUCAUUACUGUUAAGAAGCUGACUCAGAGAAGGGGAAGGGAAAAGCUGUUAAAUGCUUUGUUUACCUUUAUGCACCUUCAGCACAAGGUUAAUCUGAUAAUGUGUCUCUGUGUUUCAUCACAAGUUAUGGCACCGACAACUUUUUUUGUCGUGUUACAUGUUGUACCUUUAUACAUCGUGAUCAGCUGAGCUUCUUGAAUUGUCAAUGAAUGUGACUCUGUAACACUAAGUUAUCAUGAAUGCUGCACCUUGUCCACCACUGGACUGGACUAUACCUUGAUGCACACAGUGACCAUGCUUAACUGUUCCUUUUUUUUCUUGCUAUGUUGAUGACUUACAGUCUGGGCCAAUAAGUGAUUAUGGAGUGGAGGGGCUUUGUGUGUGUGUUCUACUGUAAACAGGCUGUCAUGUUUUGUUUUUGUUUUUUUUUUUUAAUUUACUUGAACCUGAGGCUGGUUAAUCAGUGGAAGCUAAUAUAUAUCUUGUGUGAAAAUGCUAAAUGGAGAGUUCCUGAUGGAGCUGUUUGUAGUUUACCUGUUAAUCCGCUUCAAAGAGAUCCUCUCUGCUUGUUUGCAUCCUUGACAAAGAUCUCUUUGUGGUUUUGAAGAUGUGGUGUUGGUCACGGUGUGGGCUGAGCAGAAGCUUUAACUUCAUCUCUACUGGCAGACUGACAGAGUGUGUUCCAAGCUGAGGGUUUCGCAGUCCCGUUGAGUGAAUCCAGCUCUAGUGAUGGGCCAGCUGUGUCUUUCGAAUUUCCCUGAUGGACUGGUUCAGUUUACCCAUCGUGUUGCCAAACAGAGUGAUAAUUUGUUCCAUGUUGGAACACAUGAGACUGACUUGCCUCACCUUCUCUUGUCCUGCCAUGUUUUUUGAAACAUGGCUUUUUAAUUAAGUGGUCUACCAAUAGUCUUUUUUCUUUGAAAUAUUCCAAGAAUGAUCCUUCACAUGCUGAUCCCCAGGUCGAGAACUGCUGACGGUCUUAUAGCCUGUAGUGUUUUGUUUUGAUCACUCCUAAAGGUAGUUAAAAAGGUGGUUAAAAAUCAUUUUUUCUAAGUGCCCUAAGUAUUGUAUUUGAAAGAGAAGGGCACUGCAGCUUUGUUGUUUAAAUGGGGCCUUAAAGAAAUGUGAUUUUCUCAAACUGCAGCAAAGAGACUGACUCAUUUCUGUAUGUGCGUCAAACAGUAUUUGCUGAAAGAUUAAGUGCAUUGUCCUCAGAACCUUUGAAUGACCUUACUGUCUCCAGUGAAACCUGUUGAUUCUGACUGGUUUAUUUACUUGUCAGCAGAUGUAUACUCUUGCCUCUGACAUUGUUUGCUUUACAGGUGUAUGUUAAAUGUAAAAGGGAAUAUACACAACACACGCCACUGUAUAAAUUGCCUUCUUUGUGGAGCCAUUCACAGAUGUGUACCAGCAUUAGCUAAAUGAGUCGUGUCAGCGUGUCACUCCACUGAAUGUCAAAGACAGCAAAAGUAUUGCACACAUGCAGCAACACAUCCAAGUAGUGCUUUCUUCUUGAUUUGUAAUGUAAAUCAAGAGCAUUCACAGAUAAGUCUUCACCUUUACUAAUGUAAAACACUGCAAGAGAUGUCAGUAAAUAUAUACAUGAACUCAAAAGCAUGAGCCAAUGUUAAGUUUCACUGUACUGCCAUUGUAAAACAAUAAAACAUUGAUACAGUUAAAAUGUUA